AAAAUCGUGGGUCAAUCGCUCAUUGGCGCGUCGUUCACCAUUUCUUUGAGCUGGUGUUGACUUUCGACUUGCACAAAGAAACUGCAGUCCCAACCCCCUCCUGGCAACAUUGUUACUGCCAACCAACAACUAUUCCCGAUCGAAACGACACCCAUAAUUAGGGGGACACGCACAAACUAUUGCUAUUUCAAUACUACCAAUCCCUUUUGCUCGACGACUUCUCGGACUCGCUGCCCGAUCGCGAUACCGCUUUGGCUGGAUUCGCUCUCGAGCCCCGGGACACCUUGCCCGCUGAUGAAUCACGCUAGACUCUGAGCUCAGGUCCGCUGUCUAAGGCCGGCCGCAUCGCAGCUACAACUAUGGCUUUCGGUUUUGGAAACGCGAGCAAUGCCAUGAUGGGCGCACCUUCCGCUGGCGGGGUUGGGGGGUUGUCGCAAGGAAGCGAUCUCGAGGUUAUCCAGACAGAGGGUCUUGGAUUUCUCUCUCUCGCCGGCGAUUCAAAGGUUCAGUUGACCUCAAAAUGGCAGCCUGCUCCAGCCCCAACGGCAUCCCUUCUUAGCAUUGCCCCUCGAAAGGGUCUGGUUGCUGCGGCCAGCCCGGAUGCGGUACACAUCGCCACAACUGAGUCUGUACGGAAAGCGUUCGAGGCCCCUAAGAAUGGCGAUAGCGACGUCCGACCGUUCACACCCCAGGCCAAGGUGCCGCUUGGCAUCAGGAUCUCACAGUUAGCCUUCACCGUGGAUGAACAAUUCCUCAUUCUUUCCGCCGAGUCGGGCGGUGGUCUUGCUGUCUACAAUACCGACACGCUUACACAAGGCGGCACGCAAUCCGCCUUCGAAAUACCUACAAAUUCGGAAUCUCUCAGGGCUCUGGUUCCAAAUCCUUCCCCGGAUCUCUCGCACUUCGUCGCCAUCGUGACGGACAAAGGCAACCUCUUGAUGGCGAACCUUGCGGAGAAGAAGCUUGUAUCGGGCGCGAAUGGGCCAGUACUUCGUUCGCAAGUCAGCUGUGUCUCAUGGAGCACCAAGGGAAAACAGCUGGUUGCUGGUGUAGCUGACGGCUCCAUCUACCAAAUGACACCCGAAGGUGUGGAAAAGGCACAUAUUCCAAAGUCCCCCAGUGUUGGAGAUUACCAUGUCGCCUCGUUGGCCUGGAUUGAGAACCACGUGUUCCUUGCUGUUUACAACCAGACAAAUGGUCAAGAUCCAUCUGUUUUCAACCUAAUCACCCGCCAUCAACCACCAGGAGGAACACCUACGUUCACCUAUCAGAAGAUCACUGACCCGGUAGAGCCUUUUGUGGCCGACAAGACACCACACCACACUAUCCUCAGGCUGAAGGAUUUCCCCCCAAAUCUCGACGAGUGUUUGCUGGUUGCGUCAACGGCCAAUGAAGGCAUUGGUUUAUUGACACGCUCCAAGACCCCCUUGACACAGGACAAGGAUGCGGACAAGAUCACAAAUGUGUUCACAACAACUGAGUUUGCUGACGAUUCUAAGCGUGCUCAGCUCCCUAUGGGCGAGGACCUGACCGAUACGUUUCCUAUCGGAGCGACGCUCGACCUGUCCAGCAAGGAAAAGGUUUACAAGCCCAUCCCGACGGACGAAAUCGAGAACUCUCCCGGGCCUCUCCCUGGCCUGUGGGUGCUCAAUAAUGAAGGCGUGCUUGUGUCCUGGUGGGUUGUCUAUAACGAAUCUAUUCGGGCCGGGACAACGUAUCCGGGCAUCGUAGGAGGGUCCGCCGCUCAGGCAAUCACACCAGCGGCCCCAGCUAGCUCUGGCGUCUCUGCCUUUGGGUCUCCUGCUGUUGCUAGCUCUGGAGCUUCUGCUUUUGGGUCCUCUGCCCUUGCCAGCCCUGGAGUCUCUGCCUUUGGCGAACCCUCUCCUGCUCCAGCUUUCGGGAUACCGUCCUCUCCCGCGGCAUUCGGUGGUUCCUCUGCUUUGGGAGCCAAGGCUUCACCCUGGGCUACCGCAUCAGGUACAUCUGCUGCCCCAGCGUUUGGUUCCAGCGCGUUCGGUAGUAAACCAGCUGCUGCUGUACCUGCGUUUGGUGCCCCUGCUUUUGGCCAGCCAUCGGCCCCUGCGUUCGGCCAGAGUUCACUAGGAUUGGGGGCAGCUAAGCCUUCUCCAUGGGCCACGGGAACAACUGCUUCUGCAGCACCUGCCUUUGGACAGUCAGGUUUAGGCAGCUCGGCAGCCGCCGCCAGUAAGGUGUUCGGUAGCGGUGCUGCUCCACCAGCUGGUGGUUUUGCCAGUUUUGCCAGUAAGGGUGGCUUUGGGUCUCUGGGCGGUGCUUCUUCCGGAUCCAGCAUCUUCGGAUCAAAGCCUGCUGGCUCUGCCCCCGCCCCUGAAGUCUCAAUGGAUACACCUACAGCAUUCCCUCCGCCGGCUGCGAAGACGGACAGACCCGCUUUUGGGGCUUCUCCUUUUGUAUUGGGAAGUACAUUCAAGGCUGAUACCUCAAGUGCUGCUAGUGCCUUUGAAACUAAAAAGCCAGAAGGCAGCUCCAUGUUUGGAAGUGGGUUCAGCUCUGCCUUGGAAGCCCCAGCUUCCAAGGAUGAGGAUAUGGAUAGAGUAACGCCAGCGCCCGAGGAGAAGCCCAAGUCUGUAUUUGGUGACCUCGGAUCUACUACGCCAACAUCGACACCGGCCCCCUCGAAGUUCGGCUUCCAAACUGCUGGCGCCGAAGCUGCCAAAACGACCCUAUUUGCCCCGAAGGCCUCAGCUCCCACAUCUAGUAUCUUUGGAACUCCAGGACCUGCUUCGUCGGGGCUUUUUAAGCCAAAGCCGGAAACUGACCUCUUUGGUCAACCGAAGCCUGCUGCUAAUCCCUUUGGCACACCGACACCUGCCGCGGCAAAUGUAUUUGGGUCACCAAAGCCUGCGGAAAAUCCUUUCGGAGCACCAAAGAUCAAGCAAGAGGAAAGCGAUAAAGAGAAUGUUAAGAGUGUUCCGGCGGCCCCUCUGCCGCCGGAUGCAACUAAUACCAAAGCUCCUGUGAAAGCAGAGGAGGCGCCACUCCCUCCGGAUUUCAUGAAACCAGGCCCCCCCUCGAAGGAAACAUCCAAGUCACCAGGAUUCAGUGAAAGCGAUACUGGGCGGAUGCCCCCCAACCUGCUUUCGACCAAACCGAAGCCUGAGGUCUACGAUGCCAAACCACCUACCCCUGAGGAGGCCCCCUUGCCGCCUGACUUUAUCGGCAAGCCUGCCACCAAACUUCCGGAUGUCCCUGCUGUGCCAGAAAGCCCCGACGGGAGUGAACUAUCAGAAUGUGACGCGGAAGAUCAGACUCACGAACUUGAGGAAGGUGAGGUUGAUGAAGAAGAGGAAGAGUACGAUGAGGAAGAAUCGGAAGGCAGCGGCGUUGAUGUGACUAAGGAGUUCAGCCCGACAACUGGCGGGUUUGAGAGUCACACUCCUGGCAUCACUCCCCAUGGGUCUUUUGAUGGUGGCAUGACUGGAAGUGCGUUCUCGACCAUUUCAAGAUCCGAGGCCAACCAAGGUCGCCCGCUUUUUGGCGAGAUCAACACGAGGAACGCCCCGUCGUUCCCCAAGCCGGUGCCGACAAGCCCUCGAUCGCCGAGUCCGAUGCGAGGUCCACCUCGGGCGAGCCUUCUCCGGCCUGGUCCCCCCGACACUCCUCGGUCCUUUGCGCCAGGUGUUGCGUCGGAUCUCUUGGGACGUCGCUCAGCACCCCCGGCUACCAGCCCGUUCGGUUCUGCUCCAGCUAGCCGGGCGCGGCCACAGGAGGUCGACCCUAACAUCAAAGCCCAGAUGAGGCUCGCGGCCAAGCGAGAAGAAGAAGCCAAGCAAGCCCUCGUGGAUCCGGAAGACGAGGGCAUCCAGCAACUUCUCCGCUCCAAAAUUGAGCCUACUCUGCAGAUUGACGAGUUCUUGGCGACGGACACAAGGCUCAAGGAAAUUGAGAAGCGCGGAGAGAACGAGAUCCCAGCUGCGUGCGAGGCUCUCUGGCGGGAUAUCAACCGCAUGAUUGAUCGCCUGGGCCUCAACUCCCGAGCGCUCCAGUCUUUCAUCCUCGGCCAUACCACCCUCCGCAAGGAGGACGGCCGCGACCAGGACGAUCUCGAACACCUCGAUGACUGGGUCAUUGUCGAAGCUGAAGAUCUCGGUAAAAUAAUCGACAACCAACUCUCCCGUCGCCUGGAAGAGGGCCGCAUUCAAGAGAUUGACCGUGUCGAAGAUGAGAUUUCUGGCCUGAUGCGGGACCUGACCAAGCUCCGCGCCAAAGAAGAAGACAUGCGCAAGAUCAUCAUGGCGCAUGUCGAUCCCGACCAGGUGAAUGUUGCCAAAUCUUUACCUCUUAGUGCGGAGCAGGCCGCGCAGCAGAAUGAGCUCAGACGAUCCUUCGCGACGUUUUCGGGGCUGUUGGCGGAAGCAGAAGAGGCAUUGACGCUGCUCAAGGCAAAGAUUGCUUCUGCAGGGGGUGCGAGCGGUAGAGCACCUGUUCCUACGGUGGAUGCCAUCUUGAGAACGAUUCAAAAGAUGACCAGCAUGGCGGAGAAGAGGAGCGGGGAUAUUGAUGUUUUGGAGAACCAGAUGAGGAGGUUGAGGUUGGGGACUCCGGCGAGGAGCAGGGAGGGGAGUCCGUUUGUUGGUGGAGGAGGGCCGGCCACGCCGACGCCGAAUAAUAGGAGGUCGUUGUUGAUGAGCCCCGGCAGGGGGGAGUCGCCUUUUGGGGCGUCGGUUAGGAUGGGAAGUGUUGGACCUGGCGGCGGUGGUGGGGUGGGGCCUAGUCCGAGGAAGAAGUUGAGCCAGUUUAGUGAGGAGGAGAAGAAGGUGCUGAGGGAGAGGGAGAGGAGGAGGAAGAAUGUGUUGGGGUUGUUGAGGGGGAGUUUGGAGAGGACGGGGGGGAAUGUUAGUCGGUUGAGGGAUGAUGAGUAGUUUGUAUGGGAAAGGGGGACGGGAGCAAAGUGUAUGCGUUUACAAUCAAGGUUCACGGUGUUUUGCUUUGGAAGAGGUCUGGUCUUGUAAGUUGGGUUUGGCUCGCAGCAUCUAGUUAUAUGUCUGUCUGGGUUGCUGCAUAAUUAGGAUAGUCAAAUCACAAUUUUAUGUGGUCAGUU